GUGUGCGUUUUUCGUGCAAAGAUGGCGUCUGCACAGUUAACGGAUGAGGAGCUUGUGUCUGAAUUGAAACGGCUCGGCUUUACCCCGGGCCCGGUGACGGAGAGCACGCGGCCCGUGUACUUGAAGAAGCUGAAAAAGCUGCGUGAAGAGCAGCCACAGCCGCGGGGCUCCCGGAGCGGAAAAGGGCGCAGCAGCAGCGGGACUAUCAACAACAACGGCAGCAGCAGCGGCGCUAGCAGCAACAGCAGCUCGGCGGCGCGAGCUCCGGGAUUCAGCGCCAGGCCACCGGCCAGUGACGUCACGCGCCUGAGCGCCAGCCGGAGCGAAAAGCGCAAAGCCGGAAAGUUCGUGCUGGGCUUCAGCUCGGACGAGUCGGACGUGGAGGCGCCACAGAAGAAAGGAGGCCCGAAUCACGGUGGUAGCAGAAGAGACCGGGGAUCCGCGCAGCAGACACCCACCAUCAGGCCUGCGGGAACACCCGCCGCCGCCUCCUUCGGGCUAUCCGCGGACAGGAAAAGCGUUUCUAGCUCUCCGUGGUGGGCAGACCGGGGGAAAGCGGGCGAUUUAGAGGAAACGGAAAGAGACAGUCGGGCUGUGAACGGGAAUAAGGCUUUUUACGAGUCGAACAGCAGUAAGUUAGCCAGGGAUUACUCUGAUUCAGACGAGGAGGAGGAAGAGGUGGGUGAACGAGAGCGUCCCCGAGAACGCCGUCUGACUUCCAGACACAGUCCACCAGCCUCUUCUUCCCCUUACCGGAGCGCCUGGAGCUCGGAGAAGACGGCGCUUGGUGCGCAUGAUACACCCGACUACAGUCUAGAUAUGGUCGGGGAACGUAGGGACGAGGAUGACAAGGAACAUAGGGAGUUUAGCGGAAGCUACGUGAGCCGCAGCUACCCAAAACUGUCCGGGACGGGCAGGGAUGACAACAGCGGCGGGAGCGGCAUCCCGUCCGGUUCUUUUCAUAGGAAUCACCUCGACAAUGGAGACGGCGAAUCCGCUUGCAGUAGCAGCAGCAGCCGGUUCAGCAUCGGUCUCAGACCGCGCUUUCCUUCCUACACCGCGACUUACCGAGCGAACCACUCGAACCACACCGGUUCCAACCACUCCUACAGCCAUGCUUCAGCCCUCAAGCCCAAGCAGCACACCACGGUCCCGGAGGACGAGCUCCUGCAGCAGUUUAAACGGGAGGAGGUGUCCUCUACCGGUGGAUUCAGCGCCCACUACCUGUCCAUGUUCCUCCUGACAGCCGCCUGCCUGUUCUUCGUGCUGCUGGGCCUCAUGUACCUGAGGAUGAGGGGCUCCAGCACCGCCGAGGGGGAUGCAGUCAUCAUGCAGCACCCAUUUGGAAAUGAGUUUGAUAAGCAGUAUGGCGUUAAAGAUCGAGAACUCAUCCUUAACCUUCUCUUGUCUCUACAUGAGCACCUGGCCAAUGUUGCAGGAGAACAUGAUUGUGGAGACCUUAAAAAUCCUUUAAAUAGAAGUGUCUCGUUCAGUGACGCCUCUACGUACCUCAAGCUCCAAAAUGAAGCCUAUGAAAACUUGAUUGAAACGUCUUUAGAAUGGGUCAUGAAAACCAAAGAUGUUGUUGGAAUAAGGUUGAUUGGUGGUGACCCUGAUCAACCCAUAGAGGACGUAUCUGAAAUCUCUCGUCUGGAGUCCAUCCACCCCCGCAUGUCCUUCUUCUGCCGCUUCAGACGAGCCUUUUUCACUGUGAUCUACAGAGUUCUCCUCAUCCUUGCUGGCAUCGGUGUUGUUGUGGGUUUGGUGUAUUACAUGAAAUACAGAUGGCGUAAAGAAGAGGAGGAAACCAGACAAAUGUAUGACAUGGUGGAGAGAAUCAUCGAUGUUCUGAGAAAUCACAAUGAGGCCUGUCAGGAGAAUAAGGACUUGCAAGCAUACCUUCCCAUCCCUCACGUCCGUGACUCUCUUGUCCAGCCUCAGGAGAGAAAGAGGAUGAAGAAAGUAUGGGACAGAGCAGUUUCGUUCCUCUCUGCGAAUGAGUCCCGCAUCCGGACAGAGAAGCAGAGGAUUGGAGGGGCGGAUUUCAUGGUGUGGCGGUGGCUUCAGCCCUCAAUGUCACCUGAUAAGAUGUGCAACAUGCCCUCCAAAGUGUGGCAAGGCCAAGCGUUUCCGCUGGACCGAAGAAAUUCGCCACCAAACAGCUUAACGCCAUGCUUGAAGAUUCGCAACAUGUUUGAUCCUGUAAUGGAAGUGGGGGAAAAUUGGCAUCUCGCCAUUCAAGAAGCCAUUUUGGAGAAGUGCAGUGAUAAUGAUGGAAUCGUUCACAUAGCUGUUGACAAAAACUCAAGAGAGGGCUGCGUUUAUGUGAAGUGCCUUUCAGCAGAGCAUUCUGGGAAGGCCUUCAAAGCGCUCCACGGCUCCUGGUUCGAUGGGAAGCUGGUGACAGUCAAGUACCUGCGCCUGGAUCGCUACCACCAGCGUUUCCCACAAGCCCUAGGCUCCAACACGCCUCUCAAACCCUCCAGCUCCAGCAUGAACAGCAUGUCUCGCCUGAACCAGCGCUCCAGCACGUCCAGCUUGAAGGACACGUUCUCCUGAAGGACAUGCAGGACGGCCACCAACCAUCCUCUCUGCUCUUUCUCUUUCACCGUAAAACGAAAAGCUCCUAGCCAGAGAGAAACGCGUUCAGGAGCAGUCGGGCGACUAAGGACGCCCAAUCAGUUUUGUCAGCCAUAUGCAAGCAAUGGUGGUUAAACCUGUGAGCUGCUGUGUUUUAGUUUCUAAUCUUUCUCUGUCCGUCGGAGUCAAGGCAGACACUGUGGCGUAAAUCAGUGGAAAAGAGAGCAUUGUUUGGUCCGGAUGAGAACUUUUAGGACACAAUCCUUCUCAUAUCUGGUGCAAAUGGACACAAAUUUCUGGUUAUUUGAUGUAUUUUUUUUUUUAUAUUUUAAAUAUACCGUCUUUAUGGAUUCAAUAACAAAAUGGCUUCCAACUUUAAAUCUUACACACUCACACACACACACACAAAUGAAAGUUUUCCGGCCUCUGCUUCUUUUUGUUUUUUGUUUUGUUUUUUUACACGUAACUAACUCCCCUCCUUAAUUCCAAGGAGCUCUGUUGGGCUAUACAUAGCUGCAUGUGCUGGUUAAAGUAUGCCUAUAUUUAAGCUUUGAAUUGUAUCAUAUAUUGUGGAUGUUUAUUUCCCUGAGGAUGUUUUUUUUAGCAGAUGUAUUCCAUUUAAUUAUUAUAAUUUUUUUUUUUGUUUUUGUUUUUUCGGGCCUUUCUUUUGUAGUUUUUAGUCCAAGAACGGCAUGCAGACACACUCUGAAAAAAAAGAGUGCUGUAAAUAUCUAAUUGAAUGGUGGUGGUGCUGGUGGUGGUGGUUGAAAUCAUCUGUAUGAAAUUGAAAUCGUCAUAAGCUCUCGUUUGUUUCUUGCCAACGGAAUAACUACACUGCUGCAUUCAGAGACGCGUGUCAUGUGGAGAGUCUACAUGCCAUUCGAUGCCAUGUUUCUGAACACUAGUCUUAAUUGUCACAGCCUGAUUGUAUUCAAGUAUAUAAUUAUUUACUGUUGUUUUUGUUUGUAUUUUAAAGGUUAUGCUUUUCCCGUUAAUUGGUGGUGCAGAUGGAUGUUCUUUUUUUCUUUUCGUUCAUCUCCCCUUUACCCAUUACUUGGCAAUUUUAAACGCCAUGCAAUUGCUGUAUUUAAUCUGUUCCUGACCCUUCUAAAUUUCCAAAAGAGACUUUUUUUUUUGUUUUUUUUUGAUGGAAGUUUUUCUUGUACACACUCGUGCGCAGCCUGAUCGGCGACCUAAUUGUAAUUUGUACGGAGACACUCAUUAACAGAGCAUGUCAUGCUGCGUUCAUGUCUAUUUUGGAUCACAGAAAGAUUUAUCAGCUUUUGUUUAGAUGCAGUUUGGGUUGAUAUGAGGUAAAUAAAAUGUACUUGUUUAUUA